AGUCUAUGUCGAAGUAACAGUUCGAUCUUCACCAUCGCCGAGCCAGCACUAUCUCUCUCUCCUCCCCAUCACAUUCCUCCACUUCAUAGGCCAGUCUGCACGAACGACUGAUAUUUGUAACGCAAAGCGAAUCCCUUUCGUAUCUUUCAAGCAGAACAGAAAACUCCCCCAGUGAAGAAAGAGGCCGUAACUCCCUUCCCCCGAAUUGACAGCUCAGUCCCCAGUCAGCGUUGAAUCUCCCGCGCUGCUCAAGCGUAGUGAUCACGUGACUUGUGUCAACUCGUGGGCUGGAAACGUUUGUCCGACUCCCUGGUGGAAUUAUGGCCAGAAUUUACUGUGCAACUGUGGCCUUAGUGGCUGGACUGUGCCUGAUGGGGUCAGUGCAAGGAGACUCAUCCCCAGACGCCUACGAACUCCCUUCCAACGCUACAGUCAUCAAUGGUGGACCCAUUGUCACGGGAUUCAGCUGUGACGGGCUGAAGUACGGUUACUACGCGGACCUCAAUAACGGAUGCAGGGUAUUUCACAUUUGCUACCCCUUCAUGGACGCAGAGGGCUUCCUCCGAACUCGCAUGUUCUCGUUCAUCUGCGGACUGGGCACCAUCUUCAACCAGGAAGCGUUAGUCUGCGACCAUCCCAGAAACUCCAUCCCCUGCGAAGAUUCUCCCAACUUCUACGAAACCUCUAACGGCUACUUCGGCCGACUAGACGUCAACUUCAGAGAGUGAAGAGGACACUUGAAGAAGUUUGGAAGUGUCCACUCGUUACAGUAGUCAAUAGGACAACUAGUGGUAGUUCUGUGUGUGUGUGCUUUAAUGUGAAAAUAAAAAAAAAAUAGGAUCGGUGAAAGCGGUUUACGCCACGAUUUGCUUCACUGUCUGUGUAAAGAUUAUCAUUGUGAUUAUUUUGUUGCUUAGGCUUGUUUUUGUACAUUAUGACUGUCGUUCCUCCUGUCUGCGUUCGUUGUGUGUCGAUGUCUCGUGUGGUAACAGCAUCCUUCCAUCUGCAUUCGAGAAUUUCCCUUAUUCUUUUGUGUAUUCUUCGUAAAAUCUCAUUGAACCUAGACUUUUCCAGGAUCUCUUAUUCUGUGUCAAAUCCCUUAUCCUCACUUCCUUCGUUUUCUCUAAAAGUCAUCCAGGAGAAAAUUCAGUUUGCAAAGUGCCAUAGUGUUAGCGUGAGAAAUUGCCUUCUAAUCAUACAGAGCGGUGCCUUUACAGCUAUCUAUGCGACAUUUCACCGUCAGAAACCGUAUUCUUAAAUAACCUUAAUUCAUGACAUAGAAUCAAUAUCCACCAGACAAAUCUUGUAAAGCCAUAGUUAGUAUCUGAUAAUCGAUUCCCGCAUUUAUCGUCGAUAUACUCAAUCUUUAUUUUUAUAGAUCUCCAUUUACUGGUACUCUCAUGGAACCGUGUUUGCUUAGAAGGUAAUUUUAAAUAACUUUGAAAAGUAGAUAUUCUAGUGAGUUAUCACUGAAAACUAAGGAGUAUUGACAUUGAUUCCCAGGGAAGACUGGAACAGAAAAGGAUCUUAAUGCGCAAGUUAGAGUAGUGGUAAUAUCGGAACCACGUGAUUAGCAUAUUCAAAUGGGAACGCAUUUAAAGUAGUAGGGUAUUCCCGAGAAGCGGGAAUAUCCUUUAGCCAGAUAUAUGGUAGAUUUAUGAUAGAGACUGUAGAAUAGGACUUAGGAUAGCUUUAGCUUUUGUUUCAAAACUCUCUCCUUUCGUUACUUCAGCUUUCUGAUUUAGUGUAAAAAGUAUGAGUCAUACUUGUAUGGAUAGAUGGACUAAGGAAAUUUCACGAUUACUUUAUUUACACAAUAUAGGAAUUUACUGUGAUUUUACUCUAGUAUUUAUUUUGUAUUUUAUAAAUAUCAGAAAUGACAAGAGCAAGUGAGACCAAAAGGACAAA